AUGUUCCGUUCAACUCCAUUCGCAGGCAAAGUUCUCACCCGACCAAGUGCUCUACUACGCUUUAAACGCUCAGUGAAAACCUCCACCAUUGAUUGGAAACCGGUGAAGUCGGUUCCUGGGAACUUGAGGACAAUCACUCAUCAGAAGAAGACACCGAUCAUUAGAAGAGUUCUACUUGGACUUAUGUACGCCAUGCCAAUUGUUUCGUUUGGAUUGGGAUGCUGGCAAGUUCAUAGGCUUAAUUGGAAGAAUGAUUUAAUUGCAAGGUGUGAAAAUAAUUUAGCUGCCCCAGUAAUUGAAGAACUACCGCCCACUCUUGAGCCUAAUGUUAUUCAUGAAUUUGAGUACAGACGGUUUAAAUGUAAGGGUGAGUUUGACUACGAUCAGGAGAUGUUUUUAGGGCCUAGAAUCAAGGAUGGUGUAUUGGGAUAUCUUGUCGUGACCCCAUUUAUUAGAUCUAAUGGAGGUAAACCAAUAUUGAUUGAACGUGGAUGGAUUCAUAAAGAUAAAGUGAUACCAUCUACCAGGUCGUCUGGUUAUUUGUCACAUUUGGCAAUGCCACAAGGAGAAAUUGAAAUUGAGGCCUUGUUUAGAUGCAUGCCAAAAAAAUCUAAACUUCAAUUUGAUCAUGAACCAGGUACCAAGUUAUUCAAUGUGAUUGAUGUUCCUGCAAUGGCUGAACAGAGUGGGUCUUUGCCAAUUUACUGUCAAAUGAUUUAUGAUUUAAGUGACCAUUUGGAUUACAAAGCACGAGAGACUUUGGAAGCCCAAGGUGCCGAUCCUUCAAUUUUCGGUAGAUUAUUCUUCACCAAGACGAAAGAGGACCCCAAGGAGAAAUCUUUCUACAUCCAAGACGAAUCUGAUGAUUCAAUGUUUUAUCAAGAAUUUGAAUUCAUAAAGCAAGGGGUUCCAAUUGCUGCAAAACCAACAAUUAAGUUCUCCAACAAUCACUUGCAGUACUUGAUUACCUGGUUCGGAGUUUCUAUCGCUAGUGCUGGGUUAUUGCUUUACUCUACUUGGAAGAGAAAACAGUUCCUGAGUACAGAGAGAAUCAUUGAUGCCAAGAGAAGGGAUAUGAAAAAAUUGUUGUAG